AUGUCUCUAGCAAUCAGAAAGAAAAGCUGGGAAGAGCAUGUGACCCAGUGGAUGGGAUUGGCUUUGGAGUCUGCGGAGUAUAACACAGCAUGUCGUCAUGGACUUGUAGCUGAUAACUUGCAGACAAGUAUGGAAAAAGAUGAGGUUUUGAGCGUGGACCGGAAAGAAAAAUGUUCUUCGUUUCCAGAGUGUUGCUAUAGUGGAGAGCUGAUUGGCUUCCCUGCAAAGCAGCUGGGAAGUGUUUCAAAAGAGGUGGAUGAAAACGAUAACCAUGAGGAUGAGGAGCAUUUUCUGGAGGCCAGCACAGAAACUCUAGUCCAUGUGUCUGAUGACGAUGAUGACUAUUCGGCACUCAACCUGGAUAGUGUUAAUUACCCCAUCACUGCUGUAGAAAGGGAACCAAAACAUGAAGAGAAGGAUUUAAAUGGAGCAGGCUCCUUAUCGCAGAUGGUAUCAAUGACUGAGAGUAACAAGGCAACGGAAGCACCUGGAAUAAUUGGAGAUAUUAGUAAGGAACCUGGCUGUGACACAGCUCCUAAGGAGAUGGAAGAAGAUGAAAGUUGUGGCAGUAUUGGCCAAAGCCUGGCGCUUUGUAGUUAUGGGGGCUUAAAUGAAGUAGUGGAUGUAGAGAAAGAAAAUCUUUCUAACUCUCCAAAUGUGAAAGAAAUUAUAAUGCCUGGGAAGCAGCUGCUUCACACUGCUGUAAUUGCACAACAGCGGCGGAAGCCUGAUGCUUUUAGAGAUGGGCUUGGAAAGUCUGAGUGUGAUGUGGUACAGAGUGGGAUUUCUUCUGAAUCAUGCACCAGCAGCGAUAGACAACUAUGUUCAGCAGUGGAAUCCAGCGACUGCCUUAUGCAAUCUUCUUGCUCUCUCAUCCCGGCAGUGGAAAAUGGUCUGGAUGAAAGUGGUUUCACAGAACCUCAAGUGGCCCCUGAAAACAAAUGCCUUUCAAAUGUCUGUUCAGCUGAAGACAUCCAGUGUUUACAUGUAAGGGAUCAUUUGACCACACAAGAGUAUUCAGACAGUCAAGUGAAACUGCGCAGAAGAAAGGAAAUAACAGAAGAUCGGGACCGAUCACGACUGGAUUCAAUGGUGCUGUUAAUUAUGAAACUGGACCAGCUUGAUCAGGAUAUUGAAAAUGCUCUCAGUGCAGGCUCUUCCCCAUCCAGCACCCCAACAUACAAACGACGGCAUAUACCUGAUGUUGAAUCUGGUUCUGAAAGUGGAGUGGAUGUUGCUUCAAUAAGUCACUCGCAAACAAACUUGUCUCCUAACACCCAUGCUCCUGACUUGUCAUUUCCCUGCUCAGUAGCCAGCUCUGGAGCUAAACCAAAAGCUGGGCUAGUGAUUGCAUCUUGGAAGGCAAAUCAGGUUGGUCAAGGACGAUUUGCUCUUAGUAAAUUGACGUUGAUUGCUCCUGAUUGCCUUCCUGAUGGAUUCCAAGAUGUGCUCCGUGAUCUUUCCCUGGACAGAGGUGAGCUGACAAGCUUAGAGAUCAUUGCCUCUUUUCUUCUUUUGAAGAUGAGC